AUGCUUCGUCAAGGCCCCUUCGUCCCGUCCCUCCCGGCGGUGCUCUCUUCUCCUGCCACUGCCUCCGUCCUGCUCCAGCGCUUCUCCUCCGCCGCCGCGCCGCGGCCCCUGAGAUCCCGCGGCGGCCUCCGCCCCCCAUGCGGCAACUCCGGCGGCGGCGCCGCCGGUACGGGCGACGGGCUAAGAGGCUUCCUCGGGGAGCAGGUAGAGGCCCUCUUGAAGAAGGAGGAGAAUCGGGCCCUCCUCGACGGGCUGGAGGAAGCCUCCAGCCGCGUGGACGCCGCUCGCCGCGCCCUCGCCGACAUCCAGCGGCAGGAAGCCGAGGCCGCCCGUGCCAAGGAGUACAUCCUCCAGCUCCAGAGCCGCCAAUCCGAGGUCCCCCGCCUUCUACCUUCCCUUCUCCUCAUGGGUAGAGGAAUCACAGUUGUUCUUAUUCACGCGGCAUUUGAUCAGGACCCGAUGCUUCUCUCCAGAUUGAAGAAACCCAGAGGGAGCUAUUGGAGGCGAGGAGCAUGGUGGAGGAAGCAGAGCGUUCCCUCUCGCCAAAUAUGGGGGAGAACACGCCGGGAGAUGCAGCUGAAGGUGGGGAAAUAAUAGACAAGGAUCUGGAGAGGCUGGAGUCCAUCAAGGCGGCGAUGAUUUCUUCCGCAGUGGGAACCCUAGCGGGCGUACCCAUCUCCGCCUAUCAAGCCACCAGCACCACCCAGUGGGUGGCUCACCUGGCAGUCAUCUUCCUCAGCUGCGCUCUGUUCGGGGUAACCUUCCGCUACACUGUGAGAAGGGACCUGAACAACACUCAGCUCAAGACGGGGACAUGCGCGGCCUUCGGGUUCAUCAAGGGUAACCCACCAUUCUCUGCAAAUUUCUCUAGAUGUGUUGCAGAGGCCCUCUGAAAAGCCCGUUCGUGGCUGUCAAAUUGCAGGGCUCUCGACGGUCGAAGCUGGGAGGGGGGCUUGGGAAUUCAGUGGCAUCGACGGCUUCCUGCAGCUUGCUGCCGAUGGAGCGAUUCAUGUCUCGGAGAGCACAUUCAUCUUCCUCUUCUCAGCCGUGGCUCUGGAUUUCUGCUUCAAAACGAGGGUCUUGAGUCCUGGUCCCAUCAGAAAGUAA